AUGGGAAGCCUUGGAAGUAAAUAUGAAAAUGAAUAUAACUCUGUCUCUUGUAGCAUGGGAAGCCUUGGAGCAGGUGGAGCAUAUGAAACAGUUGAAGAAGUGUUUGUGGGAAAUUACCAAGGCAGUCUCAGCUUGAGCAAUGUGACAUAUACUGGAGUGAGGGGAACCGGCGCUGUGCAGAAUGCAAUCACGUUGAACUGUGCAGCAAGCACAAAUUGCACAAAUAUCAGAAUGAGCCACGUCAACAUAACAUCAUGGGCCUCUGGAACUCAUCAAGUUUCUGCUAAUGGAACCUCAAGCUGCACCACCCCUGCUGUGCCUUGCCUGCACCAUGAUUGCCUGGGGCUCCGCUAUAGAGAAGAUGAAGAUUUUUUGCUUGGUAUUGUGUACAGCAAAACAACAUUUGAUGUUGUCAAAUUUGGUGCUGUUGGAGAUGGACAAACUGAUGAUACCGAAGCUUUUGUAAAAGCAUGGACAGCCUUAUGUGGAGCAGCUGCAGCUGGUGAUGACGUACCAAUACUUAUCAUACCAGGGAGAAAAACAUUCUUAUUGCAGCCCUUGGAAUUUGAAGGUCCCUGCAAAUCAAAGAGUGUUCAUGUUCAGGUCUCGGGUAAUUUGAUGGCACCCAAAACGCCCGAUGCAUGGAAAGUGUGUCCACCAUAUAGUUGGCUUUCAUUUAGAAAUGUGGACAAUCUCAUACUCGAUGGUUCAGGACAAAUUGACGGCCAGGGUUCAGCUUGGUGGAGCAAAGCUCUUCAAUUCCACCGAUGUGAUCAUCUUCGAUUGAGUGGACUCACUCAUAUAAACAGCCCAAAAUCUCAUAUUGGUAUAGGCACAAGCAAUGACGUGGAUAUCUCCCAUCUUACUAUAAUUGCACCUGAUGAAAGUCCAAACACUGAUGGAAUUAACGUCGCAAACUCAACCUUUGUCUAUAUUCAUGACUCUAAAAUUGGAACUGGUGAUGACUGCAUUGCACUCGGUACUGGUGCUUCCAAUGUUAGGAUCGCCAAGAUUGCGUGCGGACCAGGUCAUGGAAUUAGUGUGGGAAGCUUAGGAGCAGAUGGGGCUUAUGCUGCAGUGGAAAAUGUAUACGUGAGAGAUUGUAGUUUUAAUGGAACUCAAAAUGGAGCAAGAAUCAAGACAUGGCCGGGUGGAUCCGGAUAUGCUAGGAAUAUAACCUUCGAGAACAUCACACUUACCGCAACUAAAAACCCCAUCAUUAUUGACCAACAAUACUGCAACGGUGCUCACGAUUGCGCAAACAAAGCUGUGCUGGUGAGCAAUGUGAGAUUCACUGAUUUUAGAGGAACUUGUGGAAAUGAGGAGGCCAUCAAAUUAGACUGCAACCAAAUUUGGGGUUGUCAAAACAUUGAACUGGUGAAAAUAAAUAUCACCUCAACGAUUCCAAGUAAGAAGGUUUACGCAAGUUGCAACAAUGCCAAAGGAAAUUCCGGCUCUACUGUGCCCACUGUAUCUUGCCUCAAGUAUCCCACUCGUCUAUUCAUCUAG